AUAUUGUUACAAAUUAUUAUUAUAAUUUAAAUCGUACGUAUUAGUCAUAAAUAUAGCCAUAGGUAAACAAAGCUAGCAAAAGUAAAUAAAUAAUACAGUUUUUUUUAUUCUUUUUCAUAAUAAGUACUUGAUGUAACAAGCAUUGUAAACAGGUGCAAAACUCAACCACAAAUUGGAAAUGUCAGUUUCCUGUCGUGUUACCGGGCCGAAUUUCUCUGAGAAUUAGAAUUUUAAAUGAACUUUCUUCAUAAUUUUUAAGUAAAGCAAAGAAUUCUCGAGUAUAACAACAUGUCUGAAGUAGAAAACAAAGAAGGCCCAGCCGAGGAGGAACAAAAAGACGACUAUGUACAAGAUGGAAGGAACAAGUAUGUUGUGAAAUGUAAAUUUUGCGGUUCAAAGAUGCUGGACAAGAAAUCAGGAAAAUAUAUGGAAGCAGAGAAAGAAUUACCACUAAUGCGACAAGACAACAACCGAAAAGAGGGCGAAAUCCAAAGCGAGACGAUAAAAGAGUUCUACCACGUCGAAAACAUGUAUACGUUUGAAAAUAUCGGUUUUACGCACACAGUUGCAAACCACAAGUAUUUAAGUUGUGCUGAUUGUGACGCAGGACCCGUAGGCUAUUACGAUAUGGACACCAAACACAGUUACGUUGCAAUAUCUAGGAUUGUCCAUUCCUAAGAUGUAAAUAUCAAGAGAAUUUUCAAACAAUGUAAACAAUUUAAUUCACAAACUUUCAUAAUACAUAUGGUUAAUUAAUAGAUUUAUUACAAAAUAUAUUCACUUUUUACCUAAUGGCUAUGACACAUGAUUCAUUUUAUUUGAAACUGCACUGAUAAAAAUAUUUUAUGUUUACAUUGUUUGUUCAUUCUAUUUAACAAGUAUACUGGUACAUUCUAUACUUAAUAUAUUUACAGUGAUGGUUUUUUGGACAAGAUAAAUCAGGGAAAUUACUACCAUCUUUAUUAAUGACAGCAUUUGACAUAAUGUUACUCUUUAAAAUAUAAAAUACCAAAUAUCUAUCGUUACUUAUACAAAAUAGCAGAAAAUAUAGUUACUUUUUUUUAUUUUAUCUUUUCCACUGUAUAUUGGUGAUUUUGGACAUGUCUGGAAGCAAUAGCAAAUAUAUAAAUCAUUGAACAAUGAGAUGAAAUUAUAAAGAACUUCAAGAAAAAAAGAAUGGGUAUCGAUGAGCUUAAACUGAUUAAACCAGUGGUUAGUAAUAUAGUACUGUAGUAACAAAUCUAGACUGCCUUUUUUUCUAGCUGCCACUGAUACUAGGCUAUCUUCAAAGAAAAUACUGUUCAUAUUAAAAAUAUGCUAUUUAUUUUUUGCAUAUUUUUACCAUCUUAUACCAAUGAAUGGUGUUUGUAAGUAUAAAAAUAUUAAUCUAUAAAAAAAUAUGAUGCCAAUAAGUAAAAAAAUUUUUAAAAUCAAUGAUAUGAAAAAAUACUGAUUUACCCUUUAGGCGAUAAGUAAAAAACAAAAAGAAAGAGAUUAUCUAUUCAUAAUUAAAUAAAUCUGAGUUUUACGAAAUUCAUUUAAUGUAAUUUUUGUGGCUGAAUGUUUCAUGGUUGCUACCAACAUUUUUUAUUUUUAAAAUACAGUUUGUAUGCCUUCGAGAUAUUUGGGGAAACUCAAAUUCUGUAGACGCUCAAUUUAUUUAGAAUAAAUAUUCCAUAGUAGGCCCUAAUUACAGAUAUUUUUAUUUUAUACAAUUAUGAGCUUAUAUUUCUAAUUGCUCUGCGAUAUUUUACGGCAUUUUGUGAUUGUAAUGUAUAUUGAAUAAAAAGCUUUUUUUCAA